AAGGAGGGUUACUGUUCACAAGCUUUUUCGUCGUCCUCACGUGCUCGCCAUCCUCCUUCGGCUCGGCUCUUCUCAUCAUCUCGUCUCAUCUCACAAUAGCAGCCAAAAUUUCGUUAUCUUCCCUUUCACCUCUUUUCAUCUCAUCUCAUUAAUGCACGCACAUGCUUUUCCAUUUUUGCUCCUUCGUCUGCUCUGGUUAUGAAUGGGUGGGCUGAGAAUCUUUCUUAAUUGGAAUAAGGCGUAUCACACAAUGGAUUUUAUCCUUUGGAUUUAUGGCCUCCAUCCUUUACCUGAGAUUUCUUCUCUUCUACCCAACAAUUGGAGGGUUCCUCUCCCAGCUGUUUGCGUUCUUGCGGAGGAUAGCCUUGUGCAUUUGUCUUCCAAAUCUGCGUGGAGAUCAUCAGAUGGCUUUGUCACUAGCUCUUAAGCGGCUGGUCUCAUCGAACAGCCUUCUCAGCCGGUCUCUCAAUCCCCUCCUCCGUCCGGCUGCUUCCGCUGCGUCAUCAAGUGUUUUCGACGUCGUCGAUCGCCGCUCCGAUCGUCCUCUCGACCAUCGCCGCGAAUUAUCCUGUUUUCCAGGGAAGCAGAUUAUGAGAGGACCAAAUUGUAGUGUCUUCAAAUAAUGCCCUCAUGACCAACAACGGAUGCAAGCCAGCACUGCUAGGUACGACUGUGGUCAACAAUCUGAGGCAUUGAUGUGUUCAAAUCAGAUUGCAGAGCAGGGUGCUCUCGAUUGGUUUCAAAUGCAGUGUUCUGAGCCCUUCACUGACAAAAAAUUUCACAGCAUGCGCAGCGACGCAGGCCCCAAAGCAUCUAAUGGUAGCUGAGUUGACGAUCACUUUUAAAGCAACUGUAUUUGAUGACAGAACAAACAUAUCAAUUAUGAUGAUCAUGGAAGAAGGAAAUUCCCAUACCGUCAUGGCGAUAAGAAAGAUCUUAAAGUAACUGGAAACAAGCAUGGUAAGGGCUGUAUCUUUGCCCUUCAGAACUCCAACUGAAGUAUUCAGAAACUUUGCAGAACCGAUGAGUACCACAGACAUAAACAAGAAAUUUCCCAAAACAACAUCAAUCAAGAUCUUUACAGAACCGCAAUACUGCAGGCUGCAGCAAAGCUCAUUAACGAAGUGCUUUCUGAGUCAUUCGCAUUUAACACCCAAUUUCUGUAAGAAUCCAGCAUUAAAAAACCCAAUAGUAGUUUCCACAUUAAACACUCAGAAUCCAGAAUGUCCCUGGUGAACAUAUUGUAGAACAAAUGUCUAUAUGCCUUAGGCUUGUGCAGAAUCAAAUCAAUUAGAAUAAUCAUGACUUCACACACAAUAUAUUCA